ACUUUCAAUAAAAAGUUGGGCAGGGAGAGUUGUCGCUUGCAGCUGUGUCAUCGUUUAGCCAUUAAACCAUAGUGGCCACCCCCUGUUUGAUUCCAAUUCCGUCAUUGACUUUGUUCUUCUCAUUAAUGUCUGACCACUGGGACUUUGACUGAACCAGCAGCACAGGAGAUUCUGUCUUAGUUGUGUUCUUAUCCAUAGAGGAUGUUGGUGAGGAUCCUGGUUCUGCUCUACCUGGUGGGGGCACCAGCCCUCGCACAAACCCUCUGCCAGCCUAAUGCAUCAAAUGGCUACAGAGUGCGAAUCAGCAUCAAAACUGCUUUGGGAAAUCAGGCCUAUGAAUGGAAUGAGAAUGAAAUGUUCCUUUUCCGAGCAACUAUGGCCUUUGCCAUGAGGCGGUACUACAAAACAGAAACUUACAAUGUCGACAACAUUAUCGUGUGUAAUCAGACUCUGAGGGUGUCCUUCUGGUUUGUGGUGAUAUCACCAGAAAACCCCACCAUGCUUAUUCCUAAGGCAGAUGUGGAGAAAGCUGUGAGCAUGUCAAGGCAUCGCAUCAACAACGCCUUCCUCCUGACAGAUAGGACUCUGGAGUUUCUGGGCAUCCAACCCAAACUGGCAGAGCCAGUCAACCCUGACACCCCUCCCUGGCUCAUCGUGUUUGGAGUGGUCAUAGGGGCUGUGUUUGCUGGAAUCAUCACCCUGCUCGUAUCCUCUCUGCUUCAAAAGAGACGGAAAGAGAAAGGGAUGAUGGAGGAUGGACAGGAUGAAGAGGACAGGCAGAUGAAAGGAGUGGAGAAUGGCAACGUCCUGGACGGCAUCUACAACAGAGGACUCACAGAUGACGAUCGCUUCACAAAGCUGUAAAGGCUUCCCCUGUAAAAUGCUACCAAGCAAGCACAGGAUGGGCCAAGAGACAUUAAAAACCAUUACAAAUAGACUUUUAUGCACUGUGUCUACAGUUUAAAACUGCAUUUGCUGUUUAUUUUGGUUGUGUUUAAAACGAUUUUGUGCCCAAUAGAAAUAAAUGAUAAAUAAUGUAUUGUGUCAUGUUGUUGUCACUUUUAUUGUAAAUAAGAAUAGAAUAUCGUUUUAAACACUUCUACAUUAAUGUGGAUGCGACCAUUUAUAUUGGGCACAAAAUAAUAUGAAAGACAACCAAAACAAACAGCAAAUGCAUUCAACAAGUUUGUAAAGUCACAAGCUUGAUUUAAUCAUUGCAUGCUAGGAAUAUGGGACCAAAAACUAAACUUUGGACUAUUUUUAAUAAUACACAUAUACGUAUAGGUGAAUUUGUCCCAAUACUUUUGGUCCCCUAAAAUGGGGGCGACUAUGUACAAAAAGUGCUGUAAUUUCUAAACGGAUCACCCAAAAGUGAUGUAAAUACCCACAAAUUAAAGCUGACAUUCUGCACUUUAACCUCAUAGUCAUUGUAUGUUUUCAAAUCCAAAGUGCUGGAGUAAAGAGCCAAAACAACCACAAAUGUGUCACUGUCCCAAUACCUUUGGAGCUCACUGUAAGUUUUUUUUUUAAAAACUGCUUUUGAGAUAGGCUAUAGCGAACACAACACCUUUCAGUUCUGUUUUAUCCAUGGCUUUAGUUAAGCAUUUCUGCAAACCGAGUAGGUGGCAUCUGGUCAACAAUUGUAAUGUAUAUUUCAAAAUAAUGGUCAAAUAAUAGAAUCCCGUAAUAAACAGUGAUCUUGUUCAUUUAGAAAUCACGAGUACUUCUUAUCAAUCACAAAUCUGAAAAUAAUGAAAACGUAGCUACAGAGAGGCACAAAUAUAUCCGAGAGGGAGGAGAACCACCAUGAUAAUUGAUUUACAUGUAACUAAGAAAUUAUUGAUGUAAUGUCUUCGCUAGCUCCAGCAUCUAGUUAAACGUUAACCACCUUUUGAAGUUGUUUACUGCUUUGCUUUGCACAAUGUGAUCAAAACAGAUGAACAGAUGGGUUUAAAUGUCGAUUAUGUACAUUUCCAGUCAUUGUAUUAAAGAGCACCCAUUUUGAUUUUAUAUUGUUUGUUAUGAAAAUCUAUUGUGUGAAUCAAGAGGAAAUACAAAUAAACUGUCAUUUAGA